UUCGCACCCAAAACCCUAGAAAAGCGUUUCAUUUCCAAAUCCCGGAUUUGAGAGAACACUUUCAGAAUUAGAGCGCGCAAAGCACAGAACCGGAAAUGAAAAUCGUCUCUUUCGCGUUUCGUUCAUGUCAAAAUGGCUUAUCGCGCCGAUCUCCGCGACCCCAUUUAGUCCGAACUCUCUCUACAGAUGCAACUUCAGGUAGUGGUGGGGUUGAUGGUAAUAAGCAAACAAACUCAUUUGAGCGAGCAGAUGAGUUUGAGAGGCGGAUUUUUGGUGACUCUUCUGGGGGCAAUGCUAAGUCCGAUGCCUUUUUCCAAAAGCUUGAUAGACUGGGGGGUCGCGACAGAUUGGGUCCUAGAGUGAGUGAAGGACGUAAUUCCCAGACACUGGAUAGCCUAGAUGAAAGUUUCAACACAUUGUCCGAUGGAUUGGAUGGGAGGUUGAAGGAAGCAGCCGCAUAUUUUCAGUUUGAUUCAGACGAAAUAAUGAAAGAAGAUUACACGUUUAGACCGGAUAUGAAUUUUGAACGUGGAAUGACUUAUGAGACAAAGGAUCUUGAUCUUAGAAGGCCAGGAGUGUGGAGACCUGCCAAAGGGCCUGAAUUUGAAACUACUACAAAGGAGGUUCUAGAAAAAGCUGAUUUUAGGAAUGUCAGAUUCCUCGCAAACUUCAUAACAGAGGCUGGAAUUAUUAACAAGAGGAGCAAGACUCGCAUUAGUGCCAAGGCUCAGAGGAAGGUUGCUAGGGAGAUCAAAACAGCCCGAGCUUUUGGUUUAAUGCCUUUCACAACCAUGGGGACAAAAUCGUUUAUGUUUGGAAGAACUAUGGAAAAUCUUGAUAAGGAUUUCGAAUAUGAAAGUUAUGAUAGCCAGAUCAUUGCAGAUGGUAAGGACCCUCUGGAAGCUUAGGCUACGAGGUGAAUGUUAAAUUUCUAUGUUCUUUUUUGUCAACAGCCCCAAUUGAGCACCCUUGGCAAAAGAGAAGGAGAAGAAAAAUAUGAAAAGAGAUAUCUUCAUAAUUAAUUGGUUGUGUUGAAUUCUGUGUCAACACAAUGGUCUUGUUGGUAUGUCAUGUAAAUCAUUGUUUUCGUUGGCAUACAUCAACUGCAGUAACAACAUUAUCAUUAGCCCGGGUGACUCGUGGCUGUAAGGAUUCAUAAUUUUGAUCAAGUGAGCAUCAUUUAUUUCUGUUA